AUGUUCCGAGAUGGAUUAGUGGAUCCAGAAAAAAAUUGCUACUCUAUCAGAAUUAAAGAUGUUAAUGGUAAACUCAGAGACAUUACAAAAGACUUGAACCUUAAAUUUGUUAACAGUGGAACAGAACCUUUCAGUGCUGAGAUUAAAGGCCUCAAUCUCAACUGCGAUGAUGGCAUAUUAGUUGCUAACAAAGAAUCUUAUUCUUAUUCAGAGAAAGAAUCUUAUUCAGGAAAACAUUCUUACUCGGAAAAGCAAACUCAGUCAAAAACACAAGCUCAUUCAGGAAAGCAAUCUUACUCAGGAAAGCAAUCUCAGUCAGAAACACAAGCUCAUUCAGAAACACAAGCUCAUUCUGAAACACAAACUCAUUCAGAAAACCAAGGUUAUUAUUUAGAAAAACGAGAUUAUUUACAUAAACGUAAUAACAGCGCAGAAUGUUGUAUCUUUCAAAAUGGUCAGGGUAAUGGGAACGAAUAUGCCCUAGCUCCAAUUCUCAGUAUUUAA